AUGAUCCGAGGCGAGAGAUUCGAGCUGAACCUGGACUCGGAUGAUGAGCAUGAUGGAGAGCAGCAGUCGGUGCCUGUACCGGGGGCUUUCGUCGGAGACGUGCUGGAGCGCAAGCCUGCCGCUCCCAAGCCGCCUACUUUGCCUGCCAUGAAGAGUAAACGCGGGUUUCCCGAGCAUAGGAAGAGGCCUGUCGAGAGCAGGUUUAAGCAGCAGAAGGCAAACGCUCAAGGUCAGAGAGCGCCCGCUGCGACGGUUGAGAACGAUGCGCCGGCGGUAUCUGAGAAUGCGAGUGCCAGUCACACCAGUGGCAAAGUGAAAACUUGGGAGGAGGAAGAAAAGGAGCGGAUAGAUCAGGAGAAUCGUCAGAAGAUCGCGCAGAUGUCACCUGAAGAGAUCAAGGAGGAGAGGAGGGAGCUGGUGAGCAGUCUGGGACCGGAGCUUCUGCAGAGACUACUACAAAGGUCGAAUGUCGCGAGUGGAAGCGAGGAGACAGAUCUGUCACAGCCGAUGGAUACUACGCCUAAAGUCGAGGCACCGAAGCCAAAGACAAAGCCCGAAAAGACAGUCACCUUCGAGGAGCCCGUCAAAGAGGACGUCCAAGAAAAAGAAGAACCCAUCGAAGACGACCCAACCCCUCCAACCGACACCCUCCCUCACGACACCAUCCACUUUCCACGCCCACCCCAACCACCACCCCUCGACCCGUCCUCCUCAACCUUCUUCACCGACCUCCACGAAAAGUACUUCCCGACCCUCCCGUCGGACCCAGACAAACUCGAAUGGAUGCAGUCCACCGACAAAGACUCCUCCUACGACCCCACCGCCACCGCCUUCAACGCAACCGACAUCCGCUUCAACUUCAAAGGCGAGCUCAUCCCACCCAAGACCGCCUCCGAAAUCCCCGUCACCGCCGGCUUGCACCAUCACGGCGACGCCCCAGAUGCCGCGGGGUAUACGGUCGCUGAGCUAGCACAUCUCGCCCGCUCGACCUACCCGGCGCAGAGGUGUAUCGCAUUUCAAACGCUCGGACGAGUGCUUUAUCGACUGAGUAAAGGGGAGUUUGGCAACGCUGCGGACGCUGAUACGCCUGAGACGUUGGACUCGACAGACAACCUGAGGGAGUUGGCAAGGGGCUUGUGGCAUGAAGUAGAGAGAUUGAAGGUGAUUCAAAUUCUGGUGGACGAGAGUGAGGGAAAGGGCGUUGAUGGCGGCAGACAUUUGAGUGCGAAGUCGUAUGCUACGGAGGCGGUGUGGCUGUGGCGGAAAGGGGGUGGGAGGAGGUGGAAGGCGGCGUAG